AUGAACGCAGUACCAGGUCCUUCCCAGUCCGGUACAAGCCUGCACAGCAAGCCUUGUGUUUUCUUUGACGCAUCCCAAGGUGUCCACUGGGGAGAGGGAACUGAUCCUCUGCUCCAAGCUAUGACAACUCUGAACGAUGCUCCAAAGUGGUUACUGCCGUCUCUCACCGUCAAUGUCUCACAUCCAGAUGCACUGUUGACCUGGAUCAACACUAACAACGCAGCACUCAUUACCGAACUUUUCAUUUACUGCCCAGCGACUGACGACGCACCCACAACCCACGCAUGGUGUCAACUAUUCGACAAAUUGAGCCGGGAAGCGACCAACAUCCAAGAUCUGCAGGUUUACUGGGAUUGGGACCAUGAGUCAACAGCACCCACCAUGCCGGGUUUGGGCAAGAGCUUGACAUUUGUCAGGGCAUUGGGUGCGCUUAGGGUGAAAGGAAACCUGACUAUCUGUGGCUUUUAUGCUAAACACUGGCCGAUGUAUCUAAGCAGUAGGAUAGGCACGCCGCCCUAUAACCCUCAAAUUGGCAACGGAAGUGAAUGGGAGAUGACGUUGGAGAGGUAUCAGGUCGGUACUGAAGGACUGAUACCUUGA